AUGUGUGUGUGUGGGAGGGAGAAAGAAGGGGAAGUUAAAAGCAGAACCUUCGAUUCCAACUCAAACCGGAUCAACAUUUUUGACAUCUUUGAAAACUCGCCACCAUCUUCAACAUUCUCAGAUUCGGAGCCCAGUUUAGAAAAGAUAAUAGAAGAGGAUGCACCAAGUCCGAAGAAAAAAGCAGAACUAUAUCAAUGGUUGAAUACAUCAUAUUACGGUAGUAUGAUACGAAAAGUCAGCAGUCAGACACCUUAUCAACCGGAUUAUGUCAGAAUUGAGGAUAGUAUGACUGUUCCCAUAUUUGAAAAAGAGGAAAUAGAUGAUCAUGGGGCUGGAAUGGAAACCAAUUCGCUACUAAACGAGCAUAAAGUUCAAAUUGAUCCUCAGUUGAGCAGUACAGCUCCAGGAAGCAGAAGUUCAGAAACUUAUGAACUUUGUAAAAGUUGUCGCGCAAUUCCCGAAAGUGGGCGGAGCUUCAUGCCGCUAAACAAUGCGCGCAAACGACACUCCGCACCAAAAAUGUAA